AUGGUGGGUCACGUAGCAUCUUCCCUUCGGCGGGUACAUACUGGAGCAACCCAAGCGCCAACCUGUACUCCAACAUCGGACACGGAAUGGGCCAUCCGGGUCCUCUGGGUACGUACCCCCACUACGCAUGACAGGGCCGAGGAUAUAUCCUCCCGGAAUUACCGGAGGAUUGAGGAGUCUUUGCGGGGUCCUACCAGGACUCUCUUCUUGUCCUGCAGGGCCAAAACUCUGGAAAGGAACGACAGGACACGAUGGCAAGGGGGCAGUCGGAAGCAACGAUACUACCACAAACUGGUUAUCAUUUGUAUCACAACUAUUUAAGCUGAUCUGAUUUAGUUUAAAAUUCUUUUAUUUGAAUUGAAUAAUUUUGUUUUAUAUAAUUUUUUUGAUUUGGCAAUAUUCACCAUCU